AGCACAAACCAACAGAUGGCGCUACGAUGAAGUUCAAAAAGCGACCGAUAGGUGGCGCUGGUUCUGUAACGUAAUACAAGUAAACUGCCGGUAGAUGGCGGUGUGAACUUUUUGUAACUAGUGCGGGAGUGUACAGUGAUUAGUGUUUUAGUGGUUAGUGUUUAGUGUAGUGUAGUGUGCGAUGCGAGACGGGUCCAAGCCAGGCCCGAGUGGAGCCGGAUCGGGCCAUUGUUUUGACAACGAUGAGGGAUCAUCAGUCCCAGAAGAGAGUAGCCACGAAGAGCUCGCGUCAUUGAAGAACAUACUGCAUUUUCCAGAGGAAGUGGCGUUGCGUCUCACUGACACUGAGUAUCAGCUAUUUUACCAAGUACCACCAAUCGACUACCUCCGUCAAGUGACCUUAGACCUGGGAGGGGAGGGAGUACUCGGAGCUGUCAGUGAGAGGCACAUGAUCAGGAGAGCCCCUCCGACUCACGCGCAGCAGAGCACCACUACUGUCAGGGCACUAAUCAGGAGAUUCAACGAGGUCUCCGCGUGGGUGACGGAGCUGGUGGCAAGCCAAGCCGGCAGCGAGGAAAGGAAGGCGGCGUUAGCUUGUGUGCUUCGAGCCGCUCUCACUUGCUGGAAUAUAGGCAAUUUCAACGGAGCCAUGGAGAUCGUAGCGGGCCUCAAGUCACAGAAGCUGAAAGCGUUUUGGUUCAGCAUAUCUGACGAGCCCCUCCCAGCGCUGGACUUCCUCUCAGCAGCCCUGCUGUCGGCGGAGUACGAGCGUGCCCUGGCCAGGGCUCUGGCCAUGCCGGAGUGCCGGCUCAUACCCUUCUUUGGGGCCUUCCUCAGGGAGCUCAGAGAAAUUCUGGCGGCAGCACCCUCUCUGACGAGCAGUCACUCCGUGGCGGCGACACCCACCCACCGGAGGGACUUUAAGAGGGACUCGGUCAAAGAGGACAGAGGUUCUCAAAAACGGGACUCAAGAAGAGAGAGUGGCAAGCGAGUGGACCAAAGCACAUCCACCAGCAGUCCGCUAAGGGACAGCAAACGGGAAAGAAUUGAACCUAGCAGACAAGUGUACAUAGCAUCGUUUGACGAAGAAAGCGGCGAACAGACCCCUGGUUGGAGGCGAGUCGGCCCCGAGGGUCUGGUCAAUCUGGAGAAGGUGUACCGCACUCAGGCCGUGAUGGACCACAUCGCCAGCUUCCACCAGCACCACUACGCGCUGGCAAGGACACAACCACCACCAUUCCACCACUAUCUCCGAACAGCAAUGGCGGCUUGUGACGAGCCAGUCUUCGCUCCGCCGUCGCAGAAGCCGUCGGAUUCCUUCGAGAACGAAGCCCUGUACGAGCUGGAGGGGGGAGGCUACUGCCCCGUGCAGCCUCCCCCUCAUGAUCACGGGGUCACCAUGUUCCCGUUGGCGCCGCAGAACGGGGAGAGAAUGGACCGACAUGUGCUGCAGAUUAUGCAUCACGGCACGGCGUGUGUGGUCGGCGAGGCGGAGUGGGGCGGCGCGCUCGCGCAGCUCAGGCUGGAGCGCGCAUGCGCGCUGCUCACGUGGUGUCGGACCGCGCAUCGACCUAGUACGCAGCAUGGAGAAACACCGUCGGAAGGCGUGCAACAACCAGAAGUGAGUCUCUCCUACAACCCUGAGGAGGUGAUACCCCUGAAAUACUCCGGGAACCUGGCGCAUGAGAACGAGGCCGGUGUGGUGGGGGAAGAAGGCUUCAUCGACCUGCAAUGCGUGAAGGACAUGCGCGUCGGAGGGAAACUUCUAGAGUCCCGCGAUAUGUUAGAUCUAGUCGCGUGCGCAAGAAGGCACGGACUAGAGAUGUCCAGUCAGCAUCCUCACAUCAUAAGUUUGGUCUACGGGCGGACGCUCAGCGACAACAGACAUCUGCAUAUCAUGCUGCCCGCCUGCUCUUACAGGGUCUGGGCGGUUGGUCUCCACGCCGUCAUCAGGGCGCUGAUGAGCCAAGCCAAGCUGGCUGACAGGAGUCUGGCGUGGCUUAAGAACAAAUACACAGCCUUAUAUUACGAGGACGGUUGCUGCUGUGAACCGCUCGUCUCCGAUGCUAUACGGGUGUUCGGGGGUAGAGAGUCGACGUGUGGCAGUUCGUCACACUCUACUCCAGUGAAAGGAGCCUUCACCGAUUCUCACUCUGACUCUAUUCGGAGCACAGGGAUCAAGUUCAAGAAAAAUAAAUCGACGUCAGAGUUGAAGACCAGCUCUCCGAAGAGCUACGGGUCGACCCACACAUCUGGUGCCAGGAGCGAGGAUGAGGUCAUCCAGGGAUCACCACGGCACAGUUCAUACUCAGCAGCGAUGAGCCACCAUCAACCGUGCGCUCCGAGACACAGCAGCCUCACUGCAGCUGCUACCAGCAUCAUGGCUGGAUCGCCUAACAGGCAGAGCAGUUUAAGAAGACUGGAGACGAGCGAGCGGUUCUGGGAAAACCUGAAGCAUCUCAGAACGGGUUCUGUCGGGUACGACACGCAGCUCGACUUCAUGGACUUCGUGGCGCUGUUCAGGAGUUUUAGUCUAGUAAUGCGUUCAGAGCUACGCGACGUAUUUGAACAACUAGCCGUCCCGCGGGUUCGCUCGCCCCCGCUACAGGAGAAGUGUCGAAGCUCGCCUGAGCUGUUCGGCGAACAUAUAUUUAAAAGUGGCCUAUUAACACGGAACGGAUCUUUGGACCUACAACUGCCUAGUGACAAGUCUAACCGGAAGAAGGCUUUCGACUUGCUUGCCGCCGCUGCCUUACCUGGUGCCUGCCCGGAGGCGAUCGGAAGAGUGUUAUCUCUGCCUACCCUGGGCAAGUUCUGCGAGACACGACAACACGAGCCUAAGACUGAACAGCAACUUAAAGAUAUAAUCCAGAGGCACGAGCCAGACCCGGCAUUGAGGGCAGAGAAUUGCCUCUCAUUCGAAGGCUUCGUUCGCUUCCUCACUGACAAGGACAACUACGCUUUUGUACCAGAGCAGAGGAGGGCCAAUAAUUUUAUUGGCAAAUUGGAGGAGGAUGAGGUCCAGAAGGACCUCUCGCGCGACAUGACGGGUCCUCUCAGCCAGUACUACAUCGCUAGCAGCCAUAACACCUACCUCACUGGCCAUCAGUUGAAGGGCGAGUCAUCUGUCGAGCUGUAUAGUCAGGUGUUGCUGACGGGCUGUCGGUGCGUGGAGCUGGACUGCUGGGACGGAGACGAUGGUAGCCCGGUCAUCUACCAUGGUCACACCUUCACCACCAAGAUACCAUUCAGGAGAGUCGUUGAGACUAUUGCGAGGAGUGCGUUCGUGGCGUCUCCGUACCCCCUGAUCCUAAGCAUCGAGAACCACUGCAGCCUGUCACAGCAGCAGGUCAUGGCGAGCACCUUUGAGGCAGUCUUCGGAGACAAGCUGGUGACGACAUUCCUGUUCGAAGCUGACUAUACCGACGAACCACGCCUGCCUAGCCCGGAACAGCUCAAGUACAAGGUGCUAAUAAAAAAUAAGAAACUGCCCUUAGUGGAGGCAAGCCCAACAGUGGGCUUAACUGGAGCCAGUUCAGCUCAAGGAUAUGGUGGAGUACUAGCUGGAGCGUUCAGGUCUAACGGGAUCAGGCACACGAGCGCGUCACUUCCAGAAGCUUCUAGAACUGGGUCCGGCAUGUCGCAGCAGUCUGGCAGCUCGCUGGCGGAAUACUUUUCUGACGAGGAUUAUGAUGAAGACGACGAAGACCUCGAUGAAAAAGAACUCCACAAGAUCCUGAACUCUAUGGAGGUGGACAAGUGCGGUCGGACCUCUCUGUCGCUCUACCAGAGUUUCCGCAGGAGCGAGGGAGACGGCGAAACCUCUGGCAGCGUCAAACACGCCCCUACGAGGAAACGGAGCAACCAGAUCGCUAAGGAGCUUAGCGAUAUGGUUACUUAUGUACAGGCUAUUAAGUUCCGCGGCCUCAACCCCUUGUCGCCUCGUAGCUCGAUGAAGCAACCAGCGCCCAGCAAGGACAGCGCCGGCUGCAGCAGCUUCGAGUCCAGCGAGAGCAGCGACAGCACCGGCACUCAGCUAGCUCCCCCAUCAACGCUGUCCACCCGCGGGCGCUGCCUGAACCAGCCAGCCGCCCACCACCCCUGCUACCGCUGCUCCUCAGUCAACGAGGCCAUCGGCAAGAAGAUCUGCAGGAAGCAUCCGAUGGCGCUGAUCGCCCACACUGAGACGCAGCUUGUCAGGACCUACCCCGCCGGCCUAAGAAUCGACUCGUCCAACUUCGACCCGGUAAUGUUCUGGUCAUGUGGCGUCCAGCUGGUCGCACUCAACUACCAGACUGAAGACGCUGCUAUGGCAGUCAAUGCUGCUAUGUUCGAAAGCAACGGCUGCCUGGGCUACGUGCGCCGCCCGCGGGUCAUGUGGGACACACAACACAUUGCUUACAGGAGAUUCAACCCAAUGGACAAGGAAUUCGACGGUAUCCACGCGGCGCACCUUACCCUGGCGGUGAUAUCGGGGCAGUAUGUGGCUGAGAAUGUGUACUCAUUCUACAACGCGUUUGUGGAGGUGGAGGUGCUGGGGGCUCCAGUGGACUGCAGGAAGCUGAGGACCAAGCCGGCCUGCCGGAAUGCGCUCAACCCUCACUUCAACCAUACCUUCACUUUCAAGAUAAACUUCCCGGAGCUGGCGUUCAUCAGGUUCGAGGUGUACGACGCUGAUACUAACUACAUGCUGUCGCAACGCGUGAUCCCUCUACAGUGCCUGCGGCCAGGGUACAGACAUGUGAGACUACGCUCACCAACAAACCAGCCCCUCAACAUGGCAUCUCUGUUCAUCUUCUCCCGAUGCUGCGAGGAGGAAGCUGGUGAAUCCUGGAGGGGGGAUGCAGAGCCCAGCUCCCCCCACCAGCGCCGGAAGAUCCACUUCCUGGUGGUCUACGCAGUGGCCAGGCACGAGCCGUACUCCAUAUUGAAGGUUACCCAAGACACUACUGCCAAUGAGGCCAUAGCCCAAUGCUUGACCAAGGCAGGGGUCUGCCGCACGGCGCGAGGUAGCUACGUCCUGGUUGAAGAGGUCCCGUCCAGGGCCCCCACGCAGAGGGUGCUGGCGCCCCACGAGCGGGUCCUCAAGGCGGCCACAGCCCGGCCUGGCGCCAGGCUGCUGUUGAAGAAAGUUGGCGAUGACCCCAGCAGUAGAGCGUGGCUGACCAGCAUCAGGUCAGCAUCAUCAGAUCGCUCCAAGGAUCGCUCGGUGCCGUCAGACGAGGAGUCCAGCGCAGAAGAGCCUCGCAAGCCUCCCGACAGCUUCCUCGUGUGUGUCCACAAUGUAUCGCAUGAGAUACCUUACGCCAUACUCAAGGUGCCACUGAGCGCGACGGCGUCAUAUGUGGUGUACCAGGCGUUGACGAAAGCACGGUGCCACGAUGACCCUAAAAGAUUUGUCCUGGUGGAGGAGCUGGAGUGGGGAGGGAGGGUGGGGACGGGUCCUCAACAGCGGGCCUUGGCUGAUGAUGAAGUGGUCUACUCUGCACAGGCGAGCUGGAAGACCCUGGGUCGGUUCGUGCUUCAGGAGAAAGGCAGCACCGCGCCGCUACCCCGGCACCGGGCCGCCAUCGCCAGGAUACAACGCGGGCUCAGCAUGACCAGGGGAGCUAUAGGGACGACGUUCGGCACAGGAGAGAGCGCGGUGGACGGGAAGCCACCGAUACAUACGGCCUACAGUGACCCCACUACGCAUUGCAGGAGACUGUCCACAACUCCUCUUGGGAAGGGCAUCGGGCGGUCGAAAGGACACUCCGACAAGGACAUGCGCGCUUACAUGCAGAAACGGACCGCCAAUAGAGAGGUACACUCGGAGGGCGAGACAGGGGGCUCGCUGGGGGCGGAGGCGCUGGCGGCGCAGGUGGCGCGCUUCAAGAGAGUCUCUCUACGGAAACUGCGCGCUUGGAGAUCCUGAGUGUUACAGGUCCUGCGUCGGCUAGGCACCAGUUUAGCCAACCACCGGGCCUCGCUGACCUCCGAGCUCGGCUCCAUAUGGGACUUGUUCCGCAUCGACCGGGACAGGCGGCGCUCCGCCCCUGCCUCCUACGAGCCGAUACACACCG